AUGGGGAAGCUGCCGGAGCCGAACGACAUCCCACCUUGGGUGGGGUCUCCCGAAGUCUUGAAGGAGCCCGAGGUGUUCCAGGUCCAGACAGGGCUUGUGGAAGCCGUGUUCGGCCCCGACGGAUCUCGAAUCCCAUUCGUCGAGCAGGUGGGCACAGUCAUGCUCCAGAUGAAGGGUCUGGAAACUUCGGACGUCGCCGAAGUCAUGGUUUACGGCUCUUACUUGUGCAAGUUCCAGACCAAGUGGAUUCUCCAAUCCGUGGCCUAG